CGUUGAGUUCAUGACCUCACCUCGGUAAAUUUCCCGCGAAAACGGUCACGUUGACUGGCUUUCAUUGUUUUGGUAGGAGAAAACAGUAAAAAGACCUCAAAAUGGCUGAAGACACAUCCUCUGAUCCUUUCUCUGCUGCCACCAGCCCCUCCCGAGGAUCCCGGGGGCGAAGGACUGACCCCCUGACCUCCAGCCCAGGGAGGGACCUUCCACCGUUUGAGGAUGACUCCGAGUUGAUGGGAGAAAAUGCAGGGGAGGAAGAGGAAGACGGAGAAGAACUCUUUGGGGAUCAGUUAGAACAGGACUAUCGUGCCAUUCCAGCCCUUGACAGAUAUGAUCAGGAAGGGCUGGAUGAAGAUGAUUAUUCUGAAUUAUCGGAGAAUCAGAGACAGGCUGCGGAGAGAGAGAUGAGACAAAGAGACAGAGAGGAAGGCGUUCUUACUGGCCGAAUGAGGAGGGGGCUAAUGUAUGAAGAGUCUGAUGAAGAAGAUGAUGCAGCACCAAGAAAGCGAAGACGAGCGGAACGUGCAGCCGAAGGCGAUGUAGAGGAUGAGGAGAUGAUAGAGAGCAUAGAAAACUUGGAGGACAUGAAGGGACACUCGGUCAGGGAGUGGGUGUCCAUGCUGGGACCCAAGACAGAGAUCAAAAACCGCUUCAAGAACUUCCUGCGUACCUAUGUGGACACAAAGGGACAUAAUGUGUACAGGGAGAAAAUCAGACAGAUGGUGGAAGCUAAUAGAGAGAGUCUGGUGAUCGACUACAACAUGCUGGCCUCUGUUGAGCAGGUCCUAGCCUACUUCCUGCCAGAGGCGCCCGCUGAAAUGUUGCAGAACUUUGACGAGGCAGCAAAAGAGGUGGUGUUAAACAUGUACCCUAAAUAUGAGAAUAUUGCCAAAGAAAUUCACGUCAGAAUAGCAGAGCUACCACUUAUUGAAGAAUUACGAUCAUUAAGACAGCUUCACCUGAACCAGCUGAUCCGGACCAGCGGGGUGGUGACCAGUAGUACGGGGGUACUGCCGCAGCUCAGUGUCAUCAAGUACGACUGUAACAAGUGUCACUACGUCCUGGGACCGUUCUACCAGUCCCAGAACCAGGAGGUCAAACCAGGGUCAUGUCCCGAGUGUCAGUCCACAGGACCGUUUGAAGUCAACAUGGAACAGACCGUGUACAAGAACUACCAGAGGAUGACCAUCCAGGAGAGUCCUGGCACGGUGCCAGCUGGUCGGCUACCCCGAUCCAAAGACACCAUCCUAUUGGACGAUCUGGUGGACAUGUGUAAACCAGGAGAUGAAGUGGAGCUGACUGGUAUCUACCACAACAACUACGAUGGUUCCCUGAACAUGUCUAACGGAUUCCCCGUGUUUGCCACAGUGAUCCAGGCCAACUACAUCACAAAGAAGGAUGACAAGCUGGCAGUCGGUUCCCUCACAGACGAGGACAUCAAGGCCAUCGUACAGCUCUCCAAGGACGAGAGAAUAGGAGAGAAGAUAUUUGCUAGCAUGGCUCCUUCCAUCUACGGCCACGAGGACAUCAAACGUGCGGUGGCCCUGGCAAUAUUUGGGGGUGAGCCUAAGAACCCUGGUGGGAAGCACAAAGUUCGAGGCGACCUCAACGUGCUGAUCUGUGGUGACCCAGGGACUGCGAAGUCUCAAUUCCUGAAGUACGUGGAGAAGACUGGUCCCCGCGUGGUGUUCACCACCGGGCAGGGAGCCUCCGCCGUGGGUCUGACAGCAUAUGUACAGAGGAACCCAGUGUCCAAAGAGUGGACGCUGGAGGCAGGUGCCCUGGUGCUGGCUGACAAAGGGAUGUGUCUCAUUGAUGAGUUUGACAAGAUGAAUGAUGCUGACAGGACCAGUAUACAUGAGGCCAUGGAACAGCAGAGCAUCUCCAUCUCCAAGGCUGGUAUAGUUACCUCCCUCCAGGCCCGCUGUUCUGUGUUAGCGGCAGCCAACCCAAUAGGAGGAAGAUACGACCCCUCACUCACCUUCUCAGAAAACGUGGAUUUGACAGAGCCCAUCCUGUCCAGGUUUGACAUCCUGUGUGUGGUGAGAGACACUGUAGACCCAGUACAGGAUGAGAGACUGGCCCGUUUCGUGACAGGAAGUCAUAUCAAGCACCAUCCCAAUGUAGGAGAAACACAGAACAACGAGAGUCUGCAUUCACUGAACACCACAUCCACUGUUGAGCCCGUUCCCCAGGACCUGCUGAAGAAGUACAUUGUGUACUGUAAGAACAAGGUCCACCCCAAGCUCCACCAGAUGGACCAGGACCGAGUCGCAAAGAUGUACGCCGAGCUCCGCAGGGAGUCAAUGUCAACAGGCAGUAUUCCUAUCACUGUGAGACACAUAGAGUCCAUGAUCAGGAUGGCCGAGUCGCAUGCCAAGAUGCACCUGAGAGACUACGUCAAUGAGGAUGAUGUCAACAUGGCGAUACGCAUCAUGCUGGAGAGCUUUAUCAGCACCCAGAAGUUCAGCGUCACACGGUCAAUGAGGAAGACUUUUGGCCGAUACCUGGCCUUCAGAAAAGACAACAAUGAAUUACUGCUGUUUAUUUUAAAACAACUGGCCCAGGAUCAGAUGACGUUCCAGAGAAAUCGGUACGGACUGGAGCAGGAGCAGAUCGAGAUCUCAGAGAAAGACCUCGCGGAUAAGGCAAGACAGAUUAACAUCUCCAACCUGACGUCCUUCUACGACAGCGAUAUCUUCAAGGCCAACCACUUCAGUCACGACUCAAAGCGCAAAGUGAUCGUACAGUGUAUUUAAUGUGUUCAUAUUAACUAAUUGUAAAGCCUAGUGAAUUGUUGAAACCUACCAAUGUCGGAUACCAGCAACAAGUGGACAAAUGGGCCAGGUCUGUUAGAUGUUGUUCAUAUACAUUUACCAUCAUCAGCUACAAGCAGUAUAUGCAUUGGAAAAACUGAUCAAAUUCUACAUACCUUGGUGACCUCGAUGAACUCGUUUAAUGUUACUACUGCAAUAGAAAAUUCUGUAUGAUGGACACCUAUGCCUCCACACAUCAUCUUAACGAUGAAAUAACUUCUUUCUUGUAGAGGGAUGUGGGAAAUUGUUUAUGGCUGUGCAAUAGUUUGAGUCGUAUUUUCACGAAGUGCUCUUAUACCAUGGGACUUAACUUACUCUGCUGUAAAAUGUUUGUAAUUUUGUAAAUAUCAUUAAGAUUAUUUUUGGUCAUAUACCAUAAAUAUAUUUGUUAUAUUUUUUGUACAUUAUGAAUGAGAUGAAGGAAUAAAGAUGACAAGUGACACAA